AUUUCCUACAUGUGUUUCUGAGUUUGUCGCUGGUCAAACAACAAGAUAAUGAGAUUUGGAUGAUAUAUGUUAGAAGAAAUCGUUUAUUUAUCAUUUAAAUCAGUUAGAGAAAAUGAAAUUAACCUUAAAUCUACUCAGACGAACUGACUACUGGGACAGAUUUGUACAUCGACUGGUCAGACAAACAAUUGGACAGGGUAAAUGUAAACCAUUAAGAGGCUGGAGAGAGUGGGAAAAAGAUUGGCGUUUUACUAAAUAUGGACCCACUCACCCGACAGAACUGAGAUUAAAUUCUAUACACUAUGGCCAUAAGAAACCUCUUAUGACACCAUAUUAUGAACCCUACAUAUUUGAAAAGGACAUGGUGAUCUGUAUGGUUGGAAAAGAUAAAGGUAAAAUUGGAGUAGUAGCCGAAGUGUUUAGAGAUGUCAACGAAGUCAUUGUGGAGAACAUGAAUGUUAGAUAUGAAGUAAUGAAUGGACAGACCUUUAGUAGGAUGGUUCCACUAAAACUUCCUGAUGAAGUUAAAUUGGUUGAUCCUACAGACAAGUCACCUACAGAUAUUUUAUGGCGGUAUCUGGAGGACGGAACGAGGGUUCGAGUUUCCAAGAAAUCUGGCCGUGUUAUUCCUGUUCCCAUCAAUGAAGAACAAAAAACAGAGGGGGAUGAGAUUGCUAUAAAUUCAUAUUCUAUCAACAAAGAUAAAGAUACAGACAAAAAUGAAGUAAACUUAGUGACCUUUAAACCAAAGUUAAAGACGUUUGAACAGGAUAUAAUGGAUCAGAUGGGGAUAAAAGAGGAACGUGAAUAUAAGCCAACCUUCUGGUACUGAGUGGACCCAGACAGAUAGUGUGUUCAUAGAGAUAAUAUAACGGAAAAAACAAAAACUUAUUUUAGUUCAGAUGAGCUAUUUAUAUGAAUAAAGAUGUGGUUGAUUUCGAUUGAAGUGUUUGCUGUAUUUAGCUUAACUGCUCAGAGACCAGAAGAGUUUAUGUAAUUUUAGAGUGUCUGUCUGUCUAGCUGUCUGUCCAUCUGUUUGUCUGUAAACAAUUUUUCAAAAUACUACUUCUACAGUUUUCAUUUUAUUUCAGUAUGACUUGAGAUCAUUAUUCUAUUUAUGCCUGUUGCAAAGUUUCAAGUCCAAAUUCUACUUUUCCUAUGUUACAUGAGUAAACCAGUAGAGCUACAGUCUCGUCAGAUACUUCUGGUUUUCUUUGUAGCUACAUGCUUUUAAAUUUUGAACACCCACUUCUCAGUAACCAGUUAACCAGCUUCAGUUUGCUGAAUACAACAUAUCCUUGGAUUUCAAAGAGGAUUUAUUUAUAUUCACAUCAGGCUGUUUUUUUCUCCUUUAAAGUAACCCUUUAAAGAAAUUUAAAUUGAAUUAAAACAA